AUGCCUCUCGUCCUUGACUCUGCCCUGAAACAGGUCGGAGCGUUCAAUCCUGCUGCCUUGAACUACAGGAACAUCACGACGCACCUGGAGGAGCUGGAGGCGGAGACAACACGGGCGACACAUUCGCACUUUGCAGGCCUGAUGACGUGUAAAAAUCUGAUUUCAGAAGACGAGGACAUUGACCUGGGACAACCAAGGCAGGCGGAGGCGGAGGCGGCAGGUCCACUGAAGGAAGUUGACCGACGGGUGGUGGUGGAGGAGGAGGCUGAUACAGUGGCACAGCAACCUGUGCUGCCUCUGUGCAAGUAG